GAGCACAGGCGGCUUUCUGUGCGGGUUUUGUUCCGGAAUUGCGAGAGAGGGGCGGAGACGGAAUAUUUAGAUGAGCCGUGAUUGACAGCUCCUGUUUCUCCAACGCUCUCAGAAACUCGCCUGCUCCUUCCAGCAACUCUUCACUCUCCACUCCCGAGCACUACAAACAAACGGACGCUAGGGGAUCUUCAUGACGGCUCUCUGCUGAUCGCUCGCUCCUCUUCUGCGCUUUUAUUUGUUUUCUUUUAUUAGUUUAUCCCUGCGCGCGCUGGUUAAAUGCGCUGAUUGCAUCGAUCAGCCCGUUCUCUGCCCUCCCGCGUUCCUGUUCUGGAGAAGCUGUAAUAAUGUCCUAUCCUCAGGGUUACCUCUACCAGCCCCCGGGCUCCCUGGCGCUCUACUCCUGUCCGCUGGCCGCCCCGAGGAGCGAGGAGCUGGCCCGGUCCUCGUCCGGUUCAGCGUUCAGCCCGUACCCCGGAUCUGCGGCGUUCACAGCCUCGGCCAACGCUUUCUCCAGCCCUCUGCCCUACUCCACAGAUCCAGCCACGGGAUUCCCGUCUUACAUGGGCUCUCCGUAUGACGCCCACACCACGGGAAUGGCAGGAGCCAUCAGUUAUCACCCGUACGGGAGUCCCGGUUACCCGUACCAGCUCAACGACCCCGCGUACCGGAAAAACGCCACGCGGGACGCGACGGCGACGCUAAAAGCGUGGCUCCAGGAGCACAGGAAGAACCCCUAUCCCACGAAAGGAGAGAAGAUCAUGCUGGCCAUCAUCACCAAGAUGACCCUCACGCAGGUGUCCACCUGGUUCGCCAACGCCAGAAGAAGACUCAAGAAGGAGAACAAGAUGACAUGGGCUCCACGGACUAAAAGUGAGGAUGAGGACGAGGACGACGGCGACGGGGAGAGAAAAGACGAGCGCACGGAUAAAAACACGGACAACAGUGAAGCGUCUGCUGAGGACGAAGGCAUCGGUUUGCACCUGACAGAUCACUCGUGCUCGGUAGAAUCUGACGGAGAGAAGGUCACGUGCAGAGCCGGAGACCGGGUUUGUGAUUCUGGACCCGAUAUCAAGGACAAAUGCGACUCUGGUGAUCUGGACACGGGCCUCGAGGACAGACAGAGAGCCCCGACACCCGAGCCGCUGACCUCCUCCCCUCUGACCGCGGUGGAGGCCCCUCUCUUGACCCAUCAUCACCGAGAGAACAGCACCAACAAAACAUGUCUGGACGGUCAAAACCAAAGCGUGAAGCCUAAGCUGUGGUCAUUAGCCGAGAUCGCCACUUCAGACCCAAAGCAGCAGCAGAACUGUCCCCCGGGCGUUGGCCUUCUGACCUCCCCGGCGUCCAGCGCGUCUCCAGCGGGCGCAGUGUACCCCGCCACCUCUAUAUUGGGAAGACCGCUUUAUUACACCUCGCCGUUUUAUAGUAGGCCUAAUUACACAAACUAUGGCAGCUUCAGCCCGCUGCAGGGCCAAGGGAUACUGCGAUAUAACUCAGCUGCUGAGGGACUCCUCCGAGCCGAGCCUCUGCUGAAGACCAGUCCAAACCAGACCGAGCAGCACUUCAGGGCCUCCAGCGCAGACUCCAAAAAAGGUGCGUAA